CUCUGAGAAAUAUAGGCAGCAUCCACGGCGGCACAUGCAUUCACUUGGACGCCGAGCCGCAGCCAAUCCGAGGUCAACCAUCACGCGCCAUCCACGCACGCAUUACGCACGCGUUCCACGUAUAUCUUUGCCGGAGAAGGGGCUAGAGACGCGAUGUUUCUUAAAGUGGCCGUAGCGCUGCUGGUUCUCUCUGUACUGGAGCAAGUGGUCGGCUCGGAUAAUAUCGACAUUUACGACAUCCCGCCGGAGAAGCCUGUCUUCCCCAAAGGACGCCUCUCACUGCAGAAUACAGCUGAGAUCCAGCACUGUCUGAUGAGUGCGGGUGACGUCGGCUGCGGUGUGUUCGAGUGCUUUGAGAACAACUCCUGCGAGAUACGAGGGCUACAGGAGAUCUGCAUGACGUUCCUGCAUAAUGCUGGCAAAUUUGACUCUCAGGGAAAAUCCUUCAUCAAGGAUGCUCUGAAGUGUAUGGCCCACGGGCUUCGACACAAGUUUAGCUGCAUCAGUAGGAAGUGUGUUUCCAUAAAGGAGAUGGUGUUCCAGCUCCAGAGAGAGUGUUAUAUCAAACACAAUCUGUGCUCAGCUGCUAAGGAGAAUGUGGCCGUAAUGGUGGAGAUGAUCCAUUUCCAAGAUCUCUUCCCUAAAGGUCCUUAUGUGGAGCUGGUGAAUAUUUUGCUGGGUUGCGGAGAGGAAGUGAAGGAAGCAUUAACUCGUAGUGUGCGGCUUCAGUGCGAGCAGAACUGGGGAGCUUUGUGCGACAGCCUCAGCCUCUGCUCAGCCCUGACGCCUUCACCCUCGGCUGACGAACAACGCCGCCCCUCGCCAUCUCAACCUCAGCCUGAGCACCCUCGCCACCUACGCCACAGUGACAGGGACAAACCCGGUAAAGUUGGGUUCCAUGGCCACCCUCGCGGUCGCAGUCAGGGAAUGCGCCGCCAGGGUCCAGAUGCCGCAGUAGCAGUGGAGCAAGAAGACCCUGAGGCCACUGACAUUAGGACGUGAAAAUGCAGGAGGUUACAACACUGAUAUCCCCAACAUCAUUUAAUAGCACACUUGGACAUUUACACAUGAACACACACACACACAAACUGAGCAGAGGGAAACAAACCCCUUUUCUGUGUUCUUUUUUUACCUUUUCCAGUCAUUCCAGCAGUCCCACAUGGUAAACCUGCAGGGUAAUUGUGGCAUAGCAAGUAUUGUUACGCCUGACUACAGGCCACAUUUUUUUGUAAUGAAUAAUAAUUAUUAUUAUGGUGAUUAUUUCUACUUUUAGGACUGUUUUGGCUAAUUUAGCAUUUUUCUAAUCAUACUUACUGUAAAAUGUGAUUAUUUGUAUUUAUUUUCUUCUUUCUGAAAUGUUGAAAUAUUCAAAUGUAAAUAGGGAAAAAAACUAUAUUUAUAUGAACAUGUAUAAAUAUAGUUACAAAUAUAAAAUAGUUAUGUGUUAGAGGAAGUAUACAGCGUGCUGUUUUUCCUCACAUUAUUGCACCUAUCUCAUAUUGUGCUGUAGAUAGGAAACAUACACCAUUUGUUGUUAGCAAGUGGGAUUGUGUAUUGUAAUUAUAAAGAUACUUGAUAGUGAAAUACCAAUUGUACACGUUUGAAGUCCAGUUCUGGCACAUAUUAAUUGUAGUGCAUUAUUACAGCCAUGACGCCAACAGACAAGUUAGGAAUUAAAAUGAACAUAUUAUUAAUACAUAAACUGAUUUUGGAUAUCACCCAAAUCUGAAAAUUGUUGGCCGGUUAACAGUGCAGACACGAGGAAUAAGCUACGAUUUGUAUGUUAUUAAUUGAACAGAAGAGACGGAUGUAACGUUCAAAGCUGUUCUUGUGCACUGGCAAGUGUUCCAACAUUCUCUCCAAGCUUGUAACCAUCAGCAAAUGAUUACAUCUAACACAAAGAAAGGGGUCUCAGCAUGUUUUAUACAAAGAAGUGAGGUUAUUGAAUGUUCUGUCUUUAUGAUGUUGAGCCACAAAUUUCUUUGCUGUUGCACUUUUGUUAGCUUUUGUUGGACUGCUGAAAGUUUAAAAAAAAAAAAAAAAAAAAAAAAAACAUGUGACCCGCCAUCUUUAUCUUAUCUUCACUUUAUACGGCAUAUUUAAUUUGACCAAGCCUCACCUACAUCACCAAAUUCAAUAGAGUAUGUAUGCUCAUUGCUCUGGACUGCAUUGAGCCAUGUUUCCCAUUCUUGUUGUGUCCCAUGCCUUGCUUGCACCCUUGAAAUUAGUCCUUUUCCUCUCAAGUCCUUCCCCACGGUCAGCAGCGAUGUGAGUUCCUGUUAUUGCGCCUGUUUGAGCUGCAGGCGAUACAACAAGGACCCAGGAAGUGGGUUACGUCCACACAUGGGGUAUGUUAUUAUAAAUGUUAUAUUUACAGAGGCCACUAGAGCAUUCCUCUGGGCCUCAGCCAAGAGCCAGCAACUCCAAGAGGCAGGCCAGCUGAGAGCAAGGCCUAUUUCUUUUCUUUUUUUUUUUUUUUUAAAUUAUUUUUUACAGUCUUCCCUCAGGUUAUUGACGCCUGCUGUUGACCUUUUAAGCCCAGCCAUGCUUUUGCAGUAAAAAUAAAGUUUAGAAGCAUGUCAAACCACCCUUCAAAGCACAAUGACAGUAUGCAGUCAACAUAAAUUUCAGUUUGAGUGUGUAAUGUCUAACCCUGUAAUUUUGAAACCAUUACAAUCUCCAUUUAAAAACAAAAACAAGUUCCCUUUCUGUUACAGAGGUUGGAGACCUAAGGAGACAUAAGCUAUUUUUAUUGAAUAUGUACUGUAUAUGUGUAACGUGACAUUUUGUUCAAUGUCGUGACUUGUCUUUAUGUAUUAGAACAAUAAACUAACCUUGUUCCUUUUUUCAUCACCCAA